AUGUGCAACAGUGCUACUCUAGGCACUGCAGGAUCGAGACCCAGAGGCCUACCCUACGGGCAGAUGGUAAUCGCAUACGGUACAGCUGACGUCCAAGAGAUUGUGGAGCAACCCGUGACGCCAGACAGCAAUAACACAAUUGUCAAGCUUCACUUCGACAUGUUGCGGGCUUCAGGGUACCCGGGCGACGAAGACGAGCUGUCGACACUGAGAAUUGAGUUCUGGAUCACAUACGUCGAACACGAGUGA